AAACACGCCAUGGAGAGGGAGUUUUCCUUAGUACUCUGCCUCUUGGUUCUCCUAAUGGUCCCUUGUACGGCUCAACCAUUUGCAUGCGAUGAGAAUGCCCCUGAAACAAGCCAAUUCCUCUUUUGCAACACCUCCUUGUCCUACCAGGAGCGAGCCAAAGAUCUUGUUUCGAGCCUGACUCUUCGGGAAAAGGUGCAGCAACUAGUGAACAGGGCAGCAGGUGUUUCCAGGCUAGGCAUUCCAGCCUAUGAAUGGUGGUCGGAGGCACUCCAUGGUGUCUCAAACACUGGCCCUGGAGUCCGUUUUAAUGCCACGGUGCCUGGCGCCACUAGUUUUCCAGCUGUGAUUCUGUCAGCUGCAAGCUUCAAUAUGACAUUGUGGCUUAAGAUGGGGCAGGUGGUGUCCACUGAAGCACGAGCCAUGUUCAAUGCUGGACUGGCUGGACUCACAUACUGGAGUCCUAAUGUUAAUGUGUUCCGUGACCCAAGAUGGGGUCGUGGUCAAGAAACACCAGGGGAGGAUCCUCUGGUUGUGUCCAAGUAUGCUAUAAAUUAUGUCAGGGGACUGCAAGAAGUAACCAAUUCAAGUAAUGACAGACUUAAGGUUUCAAGCUGUUGCAAGCACUAUACUGCGUACGAUGUUGAUAAAUGGAAAGGCAUUGAUCGAUUCCAUUUUGAUGCGCAAGUGACUAAGCAAGAUCUGGAAGACACAUAUCAGCCUCCAUUUAAAAGCUGUGUCGAGGAAGGACAUGUAAGCAGUGUGAUGUGUUCAUACAACAGAGUCAAUGGGAUUCCUACUUGUGCUAAUCCUGACUUGCUUCAAGGAAUAAUUAGAGGACAAUGGGGUCUUGAUGGGUACAUUGUUUCAGACUGUGACUCAAUUAAGGUCUAUUAUGAUACAAUACAUUACACUACAACCCCUGAAGAUGCAGUAGCCCUAGCUUUAAAAGCAGGUUUAAACAUGAACUGUGGAGAUUUUCUCGGCAAUUACACUGAAAAUGCAGUAAAUUUGAGUAAGGUGGAAGAAUCAGUCGUAGAUCAAGCUUUGAUAUACAACUAUAUUGUCCUUAUGAGACUUGGUUUCUUUGACGGAGACCCCAAGCUGCUUCCCUUCGGCGAACUUGGGCCAUCGGAUGUAUGCACCCAGGAACAUCAAAUGUUAGCCCUGGAUGCUGCUCGGCAGGGGAUCGUCUUGUUAGACAACGAUGGAGCUCUUCCUUUAUCCCCAAAUUCCACUAAGAACUUAGCUGUUAUAGGACCAAAUGCCAACGCAACAACCGUCAUGAUUAGCAACUACGCUGGCAUCCCCUGCAACUACACCAGCCCUUUACAGGGGCUGCAGAAGUAUAUCUCUGCCGUUACGUAUGAGGGCGGAUGUAGUGAUGUAAAAUGUGGCGAUGUGACAGGGAUAGAGGCGGCAGUGAAGGCUGCAGCCACGGCUGACGCUGUGGUGGUGGUUGUGGGGCUUGAUCAGUCUAUUGAGGCUGAGGGGCUAGACAGAGAGAACCUGACUUUGCCGGGGUAUCAAGAGGAGCUGGUGACACAGGUUGCCACUGGGACAAACGGAACGGUGAUUCUUGUGGUUAUGUCCGCCGGUCCUAUUGAUGUUUCUUUUGCUAAAAAUCUGAGCAAAAUCGGAGGAAUUUUGUGGGUGGGGUAUCCGGGUCAGGCCGGCGGUGACGCCAUAGCACAGGUGAUAUUUGGAGACUACAAUCCGUCCGGAAGGUCUCCUUUCACAUGGUACCCACAAGAGUACGCAGAUCAAGUCCCGAUGACGGACAUGAACAUGAGAGCCAACGCCACUGGAAACUUUCCCGGAAGAACCUAUCGGUUCUACUCCGGUAAAUCAAUAUAUCAAUUUGGGCAUGGACAAAGCUACUCUACAUUCUCCAAAUUCAUCAUCUCUGCUCCUUCAACAAUCCUCAUUCAACCAAAACCAAAAAACAUUCUCCCUACUUCAACCUCCACCAACGCCGCCGCAAUCGACAUUUCAACCCUAAAUUGCGAGGACUUGAAAUUCGAAAUCACAAUCGGGGUGAGAAACAAAGGACCAAGGGACGGAACCCAUGUGGUACUGGUGUUUUGGAAGCCGACCGGUUCAGGAGGGGUGGUGAGCGGCGCACCAAAUGUGGAGUUGGUGGGGUUUGAGAGGGUGGAGGUGGAAAGGGGGAAAACCCAGAACGUCACGGUAAGUGUGGAUGUGUGCGAGGGGUUUAGUCUUGUUGAUAGUGAAGGAAAGAGGGUGGUGGUAGCAGGGCAACAUUCUGUUUUGGUGGGUUCCCCCGGAGAGAGGCAAGUGAGGCACCAAUUUGUUGUCAGGGUGGACGGGAAUGGAGGAAAAGGAGAAUAUUUUUCUAUGUAAUGGUAGCAGGUGCAUUAAUUCCAUGAGGUGAUAGUACAAUAUUUAAAAUAUAAAAUAAAGAAUGACUUAAUUU